AGUCAGAAGGUUAUAUAUGGCUAUGCAAUGCAACACGCAUUGGACUGGCGGGUACCUGCUUUCGUGCUUCGAAGUAUCAGAGCCUUUCUUCCCUUCUCUCUCUGCAUUUGGCUCCAUUUCGGGGUUUAGGGAUAAAAAGACUUCCACGGUCGUUUGAAAUGGAUUCGAGUGGAGACCGUUCAGAGAUCGUGUUCUUUGACGUGGAAACUACGGUCCCCUCUCGUGCUGGUCAGGGUUUUGCCUUGUUGGAGUUCGGAGCGAUUCUGGUCUGCCCUCGGAAGCUGGUUGAGCUUGAAAGCUACUCUACAUUGGUCAGGCCUGCCGACCUUUCUUCCGUCCCCGCUGCGUCAUGCAGGUGUAAUGGCAUUACCCGGGACGCCAUCGCUUCCGCUCCUACUUUUCGAGAAAUUGCUGACAGGGUUUACGACAUUCUCCACGGUCGAAUUUGGGCGGGUCACAAUAUUGUGAAGUUCGACUAUGCUCGCAUUAGGGAGGCAUUUGCCGAGAUAGGUAGGCCGGCUCCGGAGCCGAAAGGAUCUAUUGAUUCCUUAACAUUGUUGACGCAAAAGUUUGGGAGGAGAGCAGGAGACAUGAAGAUGGCCACCCUUGCAACCUAUUUUGGGCUUGGACAGCAAAAGCAUAGGAGCUUGGAUGAUGUUCGGAUGAAUCUUGAAGUUCUCAAGUACUGUGCAACAGUUUUAUUUUUGGAGUCUAGCCUCCCAGACAUUUUCACAGCCAAUAGUUGGGUCUCUCCAAAUGCAAUUACAAGAAGUCGUAGUAAUGGAAAAGUUUCCCCUGCUGGAACAAAGCUAAACAUGACUACACCUCCAUCAGAUCUCAAGUUCAAGAAUCAUCAAAUAUCUUCCCCCAUGACUGCAGGGAGUGGAGCAGAGGUUCUCAGUUCUGUCAAAUCUAAUGUACCUCAAGCAGAUCAUUUUGACAUGAGCCAACUUAUUGAUCAAAUGAAUGUAGAAUCCCUGCAAUUGGAUGCCAACAUGGAAGAACCAACUGUCCUGGACUCUAACAGGACAUCUAUUGUAGCCACACCCAAUGGUUAUUGUAGCUCACAGGGCACCUUACAGGAAGGAAAUCCAACAUCAGACACUCGGGGGACAUCAUGCAGUGAAGCUGCAUCAGGGGAUUGUAGUGGCUAUGCUGGAUUCUUGGAACCUGAGGAAAUCUCAAUUCCUUCUAUCAGUGUGUCCCUUGUCCCAUUUUAUCGAGGCAUCAAGAGAAUACAACUAUUGCACAAAGAUGUUCUUUUGCAGCUUUAUUGUACAAAACUAAGAGUGAGGUUUGGAGUAAGCACAAAAUUUUUUGACCAUGCUGGACGGCCCCGAUUGAGUAUUGUGGUGGAUCCAUCACCUAGCCUGUGUCAGGUUUUGGAUACCUGUGACCACCUCGCACAAAGGUUAUCUAUGGAAUCUGGUAGUGAUUCGGAAUGGAGGCCUGUUGUAAAUAGGAAGAAUGGCUUCUCAAAUUCAACUAUUAGGCUGCACAUACCCAUAGUACCAACUGGGGACAUUUCCGUCUACGGCACAGAGAUAUAUCAGAAAGAAGCUUCUGGCAGUGCCCAAAGGCUUGUAUUUAGUAGAUUUGAUGCUGCAGAGCUUGAUUCCUUGUUUGUUCCAGGAACUCUGGUUGAUGCUUAUUUUUCCUUGGACGUGUAUGAUUAUCAGCAGAAUGCUGGCAUCCGGCUAUUGGCGAAAAGGUUGUUUAUCAAUUCCAAGUAAUUUUACCCAUGCAAAAAGAAAAAAAUCCAAGUAGUCGGAGAAAGGGAGAAUCCUUCAAUUUCCUCAAGUGAAGAAAGUCAUGUACAAUUGUAAAAAUCGUCUCCUUUGUGCUAUGUUAGCUUUUAGGUUUAGUCGUUUAGGUUUGAAAUUGAUUGGUGCCAUAUAGUUCAUUUUAUUUA